AUAGACCACUGCUAUUUCCUGCGUUUUUACAGCACCAAGCUGCCAGAAUGUUUACUUAUCGUGCUCAGUCGUUUUGGAGACAAUCACUAGUGAUUCCGCGUCUUUCUUUAGUUUACGGAUCAUCUACGCCUUUCGCUAAGCCAUACAUUCUCCAUGAUUCCACUCGAACGCUAUCAUCAUCUGUGAGACGGCUCUCUGACUCAUCGGCCUUGAGUUCCUUGAGUUCGAUACCAAGUCCUCCAUUGGCACCUGUUCAGGAGCAGAUAUUGACUGCGUUGGGAGAACCGACGUUGUCUUCACUGGGAUUGUGCAGUUAUUGGCCUUCCGGUUGGUACCAGGCUGCUCUAGAAGUCCUGCAUGUUUCUCUUGAAUUACCUUGGUGGGCCGCAAUCGCUGCCACUACCCUGGUCAUUCGUCUGUCCUUGUUUCCACUGUUGAUCAGUCAAAAACGAAACUUAGCCAAUUACACUGACUCUAUGCCCCAGCUUGCAACUAUGCAGGAACGGAUGACCAACGCCAGGUUAUCUGGGAAUUACCUUGAAAGUGAGUUUUUACCACCCUUCGCCGUUUGCAUGUGA